AUGUCUGCUUUCUCCACGACCUCGUUCCCUUCAUUCCGGAAGGUCCUCUUAUUCUCUGCGGCUCUGCGGGUAGCCCUCAUUUUGUACAGUGAAUGGCAUGACGCCCGCUCCCUGGUCAAGUACACCGACGUCGAUUAUCGCGUUUUCACCGACGCGGCAUGGUUUCUCUCCAAUCCUGGUCCAGGGGCAGCCAACAGGGCUGAAGGUCCUCUCAAGGAAUUGUUUGGCGUCAAAUUGGACUUUGGGAAUCCGUAUACAAGAGAGACCUACCGAUACACGCCCCUCCUCGCCUGGCUGCUCACUCCUAAUGGCUGGCUGCACCCUUCAUUCGGGAAAUACAUCUUCGCGGCCUGCGACCUUCUAAAUGGAUGGCUGAUAUACAAGAUAUUGCUUCAAUACGUCCUACCCAAAAUCGUUGAACAACCCAAAGCGACGUCGAACAUCAAGCCAGCUAGCAAUGCCAGUUCGGGGACGAAAGCGGGCAAGGUCAACCCAUAUGUGCUGGAGAAGAGGCAAUCGCUGGCGACGAUUUACAGCGCCGUCCAUCUGCUGAACCCUUUGGUCUUUUCAAUUUCAACGAGGGGCUCUUCAGAGUCCAUUCUGUCGCUAUUCGUUUUGGCGACCCUGUACGCGGCCAUGAAGGGCCGGUGGAAUUUGGCUGCCAUGUUUUUGGGUUUGAGCACACACUGGAAGAUUUACCCACUUGUAUAUGGGGUGGGGACGCUUGGAGCGAUUGCUGCAGGAUCUUCGGGUCAUGCCCGAGGUCUUUGUGCGAUAGUAUCCAAUCUCGUAACCAGGAAAACUAUCCAAUUCACUGCAUUGAGCGCGGUGACGUUCGUGCUAUUGGGCGCUGGAUGCUAUGCUAUUUGGGGAUAUCCUUUCCUCUACGAGUCUUACAUCUACCACCUGCGCAGGCUGGACCACCGACACAACUUCUCCCCGUACUUCUAUCUCACGUACCUCACUUACCCAUCAUCCGACACCAGUGUCGUGGAGGAGCCUGUCACUCUGUUGAGCCAACUCCUCCACUCACCAUUGACCAGCUUCGUUCCUCAGAUGGGCCUCUCCCUGGGACUGGGCCUCCUGUUCGGAAGGACGAAAGAGGACCUGCCCUUCGCCUGGUUCUUGCAGACCGUCGCGUUUGUGGUGUUCAACAAAGUCUGCACAUCACAGUACUUCCUGUGGUACCUCCUCUUGUUGCCCCUCCUCCUUCCUCGACUCUCCAUGUCACGCUGGAAGGCCAUGGGUUGCAUCGUGGUAUGGGCGGCAGCACAGGGCCUCUGGCUGAGUGAAGCGUAUCGACUUGAAUUCCUGGGAGAGAAUGUUUACUUCCAGCUCUGGAUUCGAGGUUUGAUCUAUGUCGUCGGCAACUGCUGGGUAUUGGUGGAGAUCAUGAAAGCGUACAACUAG